GGGGUCAAUUUUGUGAUCAUAUUUGUAAGCACACCUUGAGGACAAGGUGUUUUUGAAGGCCUGGGUAAUGUUAGAUUAGAUGGGGCUAAGGGUAGUUAGUUAUAUAAGGCAGUUAGAUGGUUAUAAAUAGGGAGUUGAGGAGGGAAGAAAGGCAUGAAGAAUUUGGUGAAGAAAUAAGGCUGCAACAUUCCUUGAAAGAGAGAAAGGACAGAGGGUUGGGGUUCUUUUACUUCUUUUAUAUUGUGAUUCCUGUUGAAGGUAUCAAUAAAAUAGAAAUACUAUAUCAGUGUUCUAUCACAUACAUGUAAACAUUUCACAAAUAAAAGUACCAAAUAAAUUUAUCAGAAUUUUUGUCACCUAGAUUCCGAGUCAUCUACAUGUUUGUUUAUAUAUGUAGCAGCAUCUAAGAGGCCCAACUAAUGGCUAAAAGAAAAGCAAGAAUGAUAUGUUUAAAUGACUAUCCACAUUCCACAAUAUAUAAUCUUUCAUUCCUUUGAUAAAAAUAUUCAUGCUUGAUAGAAAUAGAUUCUUGAAGCAUUAAUAAAAUGAGGAACAAACCAGAAACUAUCCACGCCACAUGCAAUAUUUAAUUGAAAUACCACUUUUUUGAUGAAUUUUCUUUAGAUAUUAUAAUAAAUUUAUCUUCGCUCAACUUAAACUUGUGGGUGGAUUGGUGAUUUAAGAAUUUUAUAUAUGGAUGCAUAUGUUGAUGGUAGGGAUGUAAGAAUAACCCGACGAAUCCGGACUAUAUGGGUUGGGUUGGGUUGAAAAUUUUGGUAUUUUUUGGGUUGGGAUGGGUCUCGUAUUAUUAUUUAUUUAAUAUUUAUGGAUUAUGUUUGUAAUGUUGAACUUUUAUGGAUAUUUGAAACUUUGAAUUUAUGAAUGUUCCAAUUUUUGGAGGUGUGUAUUUAUCAAUAUGAUAGGUAUAACAAUUUUAAAUUUUAUAAACAUUAGAAAUGAAAAGAAAAAACAAUACAACCUAACAACCCAACUCAUAUUUUAAGGGUAGGGUUGGGUUGGGUUGAGAAUAUUAUUCGGGUUGCCAACCCAACCAACUUGAAAAUAUGGAUUGGGUUGGGUUUCCAACCCGUUUACACCCCUAGUAGGUGGCGUGAAAAAGAACAUGCAUAUCACAUAUUGGUGAUGUCAUUUUCAAUAAUAUGAAGCUCUUUCUUUUUGUUACCUUCCUAUAAAAUCUCUUUACCUUACGUUUUCUGCUUCCCUAUCAGCUCAGAAAUCUCCUCGUAAACUCCUUCAGAUUGCUUAUAAUUUGAGUAUGGAAAUCUCAGGAGCCCAUUUCUUUGCACCUGAAAAAUAUGGCAUGAUCCAAAAUCCCAAUAUCAAUGAAUUAUUGUCUUGUAUUCCUGUUAACUCAAUCUCUACUUCUGAUGAUGGUGAUGAUCAGAACCACAAACCUGGAAUAGUCAUCGAUGAGAGGAAGCAAAGGAGAAUGAUAUCGAAUUGGGAAUCGGCACGAAGGUCCCGAAUGAGGAAACAGAAGCAUCUUGAUGAACUUUGGUCAGUGGUACUUCAUCUUCGUACAGAGAAUCAUAGUCUCAUGGAGAAGUUGAAUCAGUUAACAGAUUCUGAACAACAGCUUCUUCAAGAGAACGUCAAGCUCAAAGAAGAAGCAUUGAAUUUACAUCGGAUGAUCACUGAUAUUCAAAUGGGCAGUCCUUACACAACUCACUUGAGAGAGCUGGAGGAAGCCCCCUGCAAUACAUUUGUUAUCAUGGCUGAAUCCUCAAGCCAAUCUGAUGAGUAGAGAAGUUACCUUCCACUGUUUCACUAAGAUCAUAGCUAUUUCCUCACAUAUUCUCUUCCAGUUCUGUUUUAGAAUGCUUGUAAUAAGCCUCUACCCUUUAGUCGGCAGACUCACCAGUAUAAAAUGAAAAAAUUAUUAAUUUAUACCUUUAAAAA